CUAGAUAAAAGCAAAAAGAAACUCCUUUCCUGUUACUUCGAUCGAGUACUGCAUUGAGAGGAAACUGCUGUUUGCGCUAAAAAGAGACCCUCGAACAAACUGAUUCGCAAACAUGUAAGGUUCGCCCUCGGUCUCCGUGCAACAUGAGCUGCGAACAAAGAAACACCAGCGUUGUGAAAGGACAAGACUGAACAUGGACACUUUCUCUUCAAAGUUAAAGCUAUCUCCCGGGGGUACCAUCCGCUUGAAACACCAGCGGCAGAAGUUCAACUGGGACUGUGGGCUCACUUGUAUCAUGAUGAUUUUGCCACCUGAUAAGACGAAGCACUUCAUUGACAACUUCAAGCAGAUUUGCGCCCAAGAAGGAUUUAAUAAGAGCACAUGGACUAUUGACUUGGCGUACUUGCUGAAAAAGUUUGACCUGGAUCACCUGUUCUGCACAAUCACCCUUGGGAUUCAGCCUGCUUACGGAAGUCAGCCGUUCUACGCCAAAGUUAUUCAAACGGACGAGUCUCGGGUGAUGCAACGCUUUACCAGCGCAAAGGGCAACGGAGUCAAUGUGGAAAAGCGUUCCCUGACCAUUGAGGAGCUGCUGCAUCACCUUGAGAAGCAUGGGCCCAUCAUAAUCCUGACCAACGGCAACCUACUGCAAUGCGAAAUCUGCAAAAUCAAUAAGCUGUCGACUGAACUGCGGGCUUGUCUACCGUGGUCUCCAUCGUACUCUGGACACUAUAUCGCUCUGUGUGGCUUUGACCUUAACCGGCAGCUUGUCUUCUAUCACAAUCCAUCAUACAGUGACAGGGUGUGUGCAAUUACGUUUGGUGACCUGGAUGAUGCGCGCUUCAGCUAUGGCACUGACGAAGACACUUUACUAAUUUAUAACAGUCACACUCACUUUGUUCCUGGAGCUUCGCCCUUUGGAAGCAAUAAUUCUAUCGUGACCUCCGACUGAUGUGCAUCUAUUUUUAUUUACUACAGAGCUAUAAACUAUUUUCUAUUUUCACACUUACUGCAGGGAACAAAUUUUAAUAAAACGACGACCACGUGAUAUAA